CACAAGGAAAUCCCAACCUGGGAAGUCGCCAUUUCAAAGCCUUUCGGAAUCACACGAUCUGUUAGGAGUUUUGUAUUUUUUCUAGCAUAUUAUAUUUUUAUUUUAUUAGAAAGUAAGAAUUUUUUGAAUCUACGUUGCCUCUAUCACCAUCUAAAAUGGAGACAGAAACGGGACAAAAAACAACAGAAACUUCAAAACCUUCCAAGAGCGAGUCGGUGAAGCCAGCUGCAGAAAACAACUCCAGGGGACGUGGAUCCAGAGGCCGCGGUCGAGGAGGACGCAUGGGUCGAGGCGGCAUGCGUGGUGGGCGAGGCGUGAUCAAAAGCUUUGGCCCACCGGGACGCGGGAGAGGCCGAGGGAAGGAUGGAGCCACGAAYGGAUUCGGACCCAUGAGAGGAAUGGGGAGGAUGCGACCUUACCCAGAUAUGAGAGGCCAUCGUGGUAGGGGCUGGCUAAUUCGGCCGCCUCCUCCUCCGCUCCCCCCUCCUUUUCCCCCCUCGCUCCCCCCUCCCAUUCCUCCCAUGCACCUCAGAGGCCCUUUUCCACAAAUGCCAAGACGAGGACCCCCUCCGCCUUCUCCUCCAGCUCAUAUUGGUUUUAGGGGGCGUCCACCACACCCACGAGGCCGUGGCAUCCCACCACCAGGACCACCACCACGUCCUUUCUACCUCCGUGGCCCAAGAGGGUAUAAAWAUGAUUGAGAUGAGGAGGGGAUCUUAGGCCCCGCCCCCCACUUGCCUUAGCUCAGAAAUGGCUGCUCUCUUAUCAGAGUGUGCCACCUAUUGGCCAAAUCCAAAUGUGUGAUUUUAUCCUUUUACACAGCUACCACAAUGGACCGGUCUCUCCUCCGCCUCACCCCCCACCUGGCAGAGGCCAAAGGUGGCCAGGCCCCCCUGGUGGCCAUCGAUUUUUAAAACACGGCCCGCCCCAAAACACACGAAACCAGUACCUGUCGCUUAACUGAAGCGGGGAACGAGUCCYCUCCCCUCUGAACUCUGUUACACAAUUACGUUUUCAGUAUCUAUAAAAUACUCUGUGGCCAAAUACUAUUUGUAUUGUCUGCUGAGAAGUACAGCUGAAGUCACAUGGAAUAUUUGGUAACUUGGCCUUAAGGGCCUCCAUACAUUUGUGACCCAAUAAAUCCUGUUCGCGCUGGAAAGACUGAAAGAAUUCAUGUUGAAAUUUAAUCAUUGUUUUGUGAUUUUUGUUACAGUCACCUGUUAGCCUUAAUAUUUCUUUUCUGAUUUCUCAAUAAAGAUUAAUAAAAACAUAAGGGGGAUAUUUGAAGUAUGGAGGAAGGAGAAAAUCCUGGGUGCACAAAGCUCUCCAGCACUACUUUAGUAAUUUGACCUCCAUAAAUUAAUAUUUUGUUACAUGGUGAUAGUUAUGCAAUAUGUUAUCUGUUAAACACUUGUUACGUGAUAAGACGAGUAUUUGUGAGUAUUUGAUCAUAUUAUAUUUUAAAUGUGCAGCUAUUUACUAUUUUAUAUUGCUGUUCGAAAAAUAUUCAUGUUUGUCUCCAGCGGAUCAUUGUGUAACAAAGAAACGAGGCAUUAUAAAUAGUGUACUGAAGAACUCUAGUAGCUUUUAAUAUAAGUUAAUUUUAUUGAUAUUUCAGUUGAGUCAAAGUCACUCCAUCCUGUUUUUUAGUUUUUUUUGUUCGUGUUGCUUCUUUAUUCACUGUAAUUAACACAACUUUUUUGUGAACUUGUGAAUGUGUUUUGAGAACUAUCGAGACACAAGAGUUCUGAAAAAAAGGAAGAAAUAAUAAAAAAAACAAGAAUAAACUCAA